UCUCUCUCUCUCUCUCUACAUCUCUCUCGAUCGAUCGAUCGAAUGGGUAGUAACUUGUAAUCUACAAAGCACUAUUCCAUCUUCUUAAUUGUUGCUGAUCCAUUCAAGUCAUGGCUGAAGGAGCCGAUGGAAAACACAAUUCAAGUUUCCCUCAUGUCACUCUCAAUGAGCGAAUCGUUAAGUCCAUGUUGCACAGGUCUGUUGCUGCUCAUCCAUGGCACGAUUUAGAGAUAGGGCCUGGAGCUCCUGCGGUCUUCAAUUGUGUGGUUGAAAUUGCCAGAGGCAGCAAGGUCAAGUAUGAGCUGGACAAGACAAGUGGUCUCAUCAAGGUUGAUCGCGUUCUCUACUCUUCAGUUGUCUACCCACACAACUACGGCUUUAUCCCACGGACAAUCUGUGAGGAUAGUGAUCCCAUGGAUGUGCUCGUAUUGAUGCAGGAGCCAGUGGUUCCUGGUUGUUUCCUUCGCGCCCGUGCUAUUGGAUUAAUGCCUAUGAUAGAUCAGGGCGAGAUGGACGACAAGAUAAUAGCAGUUUGUGCCGACGACCCUGAGUUCCGCCACUACAAUGACAUCAAGGAUCUCCCUCCCCAUCGCCUUGCUGAGAUUCGCCGCUUCUUUGAAGAUUACAAGAAGAACGAGAACAAAGAGGUAGCGGUGAACGACUUCCUCCCCGCUGAAGAUGCCAUCAAAGCUAUCAAGCACUCAAUGGAUCUGUAUGCCUCUUACAUAGUUGAAGGCCUGAGGCAGUGACUUGUUUCACCCACCAUUUGCAUCAACAUCUUACUCCUCUCAUAACCAUUAGGGUGAUGAAACAUUAUGCAAACAUUGCAUAACUAAAUACUGUAUCUACUAAUAUUGAAUAAACACUAUCAUAUUGCUGCUAUACUACUAAUUUGCUUUUUAGAGCAAGUUUGCAUACUAUAUGGAAUUUGGUGCCUUUUUCUAAUCUUAGUAAUUGCUUGUAUGUGUGGGGAUUUUGUGA